UCUAAACACGCGAUUCCGUAGCAGAUCCAACAUUCCAGAAUUCAAAGGUACCCACCGCCACAGGUUCUGUUGGGGGAGUCGGAAGAUGGUAUGAACCGGAUCAGAGAAGUUCACGCCUACGCCCUCAGAAACGGCGUGGAGCAGACCAAGUUCCUGAUCACGAAGCUCCUGGAGAUCCCCUGCAUCGACUACGCGCGAGCCAUCUUUGAUCGAGCCAUCAAUCCGGAGCUCUUCCUCUACAACAAACUCAUACAGCAUUACUCCUCCCAUGGCCCCUGCGAGCAGUGCCUCUCUCUCUACUCCAGUCUGUGCCGCCUUGGCCGCCUACCUAACGAGUACACCUUUCCCUUCAUGCUUAAGGCUUGCGCCUCUCUUCUCUCCGCCGGAGACGGCCGGAACCUCCAUACCCACAUCGUCAAAUUGGGUUUUGGAUCGGAUGUUUUCGUUUCCACUGCGAUGAUUGACAUGUAUGCGAAGAGCGGAUGUUUGGAAGACGCACACGGCGUGUUUGAUGAAAUGCCUGAGAGAGACGUGCCCUCUUGGAACUCGCUUAUUGGCGGGUAUGCGAGGCUAGGGCGUUUGAGCAUUGCGAAGGAGCUGUUUGACCGGAUGGGUUACCGCAGGAACGUGAUCUCGUGGACCUCCGUGGUUUCGGGGUACGCACAGAACGGGCAGUAUCACGAAGCCGUGGAUAUGUAUGUGAAGAUGGUAGAGGAAGGCCUGAAGCCAAACCAUGUGACGAUUGCUAGUGUUCUUCCUGCUUGUGCUCAUCUUGGAGCGUUGGACAUGGGGGAAAGGAUAGAUGUGUAUGCUAGGGAGAAUGACUAUUUCCAGAACAUAUUUGUGAGUAAUGCGCUGGUUGAGAUGUACGCCAAGUGCGGAAAGAUCGAUUCUGCACGGCGCGUGUUCGGUGAGAUUGCGGAGAAGAAUGUUUGUUCAUGGAAUUCGAUGAUUACAGGGUUGGCAGUACAUGGUAGAUGGCGAGAAGCUCUUACUCUGUUUGAAGAUAUGCAAAGUGAAGGCUUCAUUCCUGAUGAUAUCACCUUUGUUGGUGUUCUAUGUGCGUGCACUCAUGGAGGGCUAGUGAAGCAAGGGCGACAGUAUUUCAAUUUUAUGAAGAGCAGAUUCGGCAUUUCGCCUAAAUUGGAGCACUACAGUUGCAUGGUUGAUCUUCUUGGUCGAGCCGGGCUGCUGAGAGAAGCUUACGAAAUGCUAAUGAAGAUGCCGAUGAAGCCAGAUUCAGUUGUUUGGGGAACACUGCUUGGUGCUUGUAGCUUCCAUGCCAAUGUAGAGAUUGGUGAGGCAGCAGCCGAGAAGCUUUUCGAGCUUGAGCCCUGGAAUCCAGGAAACUAUGUGAUCAUGUCCAAUAUAUAUGCUGCUAGAGGCAGAUGGGAUGGAGUUGCAAGGAUUAGGCUCCGGAUGAAAGGCCGAUCUCUGCAGAAGGCUGCAGGCUACAGCUUAAUUGAAGAAGAUGGAAUCCUCCACAAGUUCACGGUCGAAGAUAAUUCACACCCAUACAGCUAUCAGAUUUACAGGUUACUAGAUGAACUCACCUCGCAGAUGAAACUUGUCGGCUAUGUGCCAACUGUAGAAUUUGAGACAGUGGAUGGUAUUUCAUUGUGAAGCAAUGUUUAUUCAACUCCAAACGGAGGAAGCUGAGAAGCGUACAAAAAAUCAUUAAGCAGCGGUGAUAAAUUGGACCAUGAAAAUAAAACAUGAAAAUAUUUUAGCA